AUGGACAAAGCUAAUCGCCAUAUUACCAAGGCCCAUCAGCACCAGAGAGGUCAUGCUCAGUAUCCUACCAUUAUAGAUACUCUGGCCCAGGCAUUGCAGCCAAAUCGUUACUUUUUCAAAGUGCGGCUUCCAUCUCACCCUCUAGGGGACCAUGCUCCUACUAGGGCAGGCACCUCUAGUCCUUCACCAACCCCUGGCCCAUCUCAGCCACACUAUGCCCACCACGCUAGGGUGGUUGAGUCUAGUGACUCUGACAUUGAGAUGGUCUCUGCCAGGGAUGUCAAUACCUCUCUGAGAGCCCCUUCUGCCUUUGGACCCUCUGCCAGUCUUCCUACCAGGUGUGGCCUGGUUCUUCGUCGCAGCCUGACUCUGGCAUCACCCCCAGAUCUGGUGGAUUCCCUGCUCCGUCAGUACCAGGAAAUCCAGAAGCCCCAGCCAGAGCAAGCCAAGAUCUAUCUCUCUGGGUCUAGGGAUGAGCUCAAUGGAUUUCAGCUCCACACCAGGUAUCCAGAGUUCCUGCAGCAACGCUCCCUCCCAAAGCUAAGAAAUCUCUUCUCUCUAUCCCUAGAGCAUUCUGAUCGAAUCCAUGAUUUCCUGACUGCCUGCACCACCUAUAUAUUCGCCAAAGGCCAGAAGAUCAUCCCUCUCCUUUCUCGCCAUGAGGCAGCCAGUGCCCAGAAAUAUGCCCGCGUGCUUCACAGCUUUCUCGUUUUUCUGUUGGAGAGCUAUCCCUACCAGGUCACUAGGGGGCCUAGGGAUAGGGACCUGAAUCGACUCUAUGCUAUAGAUCACAUGGUCAAGGCGGGGAUUCAGGAGCUCAAGGACCUGCUACUAUCCCCCACCCUAGCGGAAGAGGAUGAGGAGGCACCAAAGGCCUCAGGCCCCUUGCAGGCAGGCAGUGCCCGUGCCUAUAUUGGUGAUGACCUUGAUGGUGAGAAUGAUGAAGAGGAUGAGAUCGAUCUGGCCCUGGACCUAGGGGGAUGA